AUGUCUGAGAAAAAAGGGGAUAAACGGUGGCUUAUAUUUCCUUCCUUAAAAUGGACGCCGCACGUGUCGUUUAGCGAGUUGGCUUCCAAACACGGUCCUAUAAUGACACUGUGGUUAGGCUCAAUGAGCACGGUGGUGAUUUCCUCCAACGAAGCCGCCCGGGAGAUGUUCAAGAAUCACGACGUGGUGCUCGCCGGCCGGAAGAUUUACGAGGCGAUGAAGGGAGAUUUUGGGAACGAAGGGUCGCUCAUUACGGCCCAAUACGGCCCGCACUGGCGGAUGUUGCGGCGACUAUGCACUACGGAGUUUUUCGUCACGAGCAGGCUCGAAGCCCUCCGAGGGGUGAGCACGAAAUGCAUAGACCACAUGGUGAGGUACAUGGGAGAAGCCGGAAACUCCGGCACGGCGGCGAUCGACGUAGGGCGGUUCUUCUUCUUGAUGUCGUUUAACAUCAUCGGAAACCUCAUGUUCUCGAAGGACCUGCUGGAUCCAAGAUCCGAGAGGGGCGCCAAGUUCUUUUACCAUGCAGGGAAAGUGAUGGACUGUAAGAAUCUGCUUGUGCGGCUAUUCCCCUUCAGGACGCCAUCGCAAAACAUCACUGCUGCCAUCGCCUAUCGCGACGCACGGAUCGCCGGCAGCCGGCCAAUUGUAGCCUUCGUCAUUGAACAGCGAUGCUGCCAUCACACCCGGCGAAACCAGGAAGAAAGAAACAACAGCAGCGAGCCCCAAAAGGCAGCCGCGUCGUCGUAUAACAACAAACGGAUGUUUGAAUCCAGCGAACAAGCAGAAGGAUCGAACUGGAAAUCUUCACUGUGUAAGACUGACGUGAUAACCACUACACCACAACAACCUUCACAGGUUUAG